AUGACAGAGACGGCGAAUCCACCCGACGAAGGUCUCCUCUGCUACAACAAGGAUUCGAGAAAGGAUGAAGAGCCGUACUUGCAGAAAUGCGAAACGGGAGGCUGCAUGCUCACUUAUUCUUUCAACCGGAGUUAUUACAAUGAGAAUGGAACGCCUGAUAGUCACCUCGACGGACACGACGAAGGAAAGAGAAAAGAUCUGACAGUUCUUUCUGCGCAGUGCAUCAUCGCCAAAUAUUACACAGAGUGCAUUAAUUCGACCGACAGCUGCGAGCAUUUUUGGUCGAUUCCACAAGCGGACGAUAUCUACCAUUUGCACUGCUGCUGUACUGGAAGUCGCUGUAAUCACAUUAGCAAAACUUCUUUAUCAAGAUGCAGUGCUGAUGACUGUGAAACUGAAACUGGGCGAAGGAAUAGCUGUUUUUGCCCAACUGAGCCUCCUUCUACGAUUGAAACAACUACUCUCGGACCAACUUCUGAUGAAAUUAUCGUCAAGUGCAUCAUUAUUGGCUUUUUGUUCUUCAGCUCGAUUGGACUCUACUUUUUAUACACCUCGAUUCGAAAGGCCCGCGCCGGGCUGGAAAGAAAUAGCCACUCUCUUCGGAACCUGAGAGAAUACUCGAACGCCGGCCAUGCAAAUAUCCAAAGUGUGGCGAGAGCUGAUGUAGAAUCGGAUCUUAGGCAAGUUUUUAUUGAAAAAUUGAUACACAAGGGACAGCCGAGCGAAGCAACCAGCCCAACAGUUCAGCUCAUGUGGCGCAAAGAAUUCGAGCACUUGAAUCUCUGCGCGGAUGAGAAUAUCGUCAAGCGCGAGGGCGCUGGCCGCUUCAAAUAUCAUGGCACGCUUAACUAUGCGAUUCUACUGGAGUACUGCCCGAUGGGAAGUUUAAGCUCGUAUUUGGACAAGGUUCAGAGUGAAAAUAUCCAGAUCCCAUUAGCGAACGCGUUGAAACUCGCGCAGGACAUUGCCAGUGGCAUGGAAUUUCUCCACGAAGCGGACUCCCCAUCCGGCGGGCCAAUUCGCGUUCCCGUUGCGCACCGAGACAUCAAAUCGUCGAAUAUUCUCCUCAAAGCGCCUGAUCACGCGGUUAUUUCCGACUUCGGCCUUGCCAUUGCCCUACGCGCACCAACUGCCAAUCAACCUGCUGGACAGAAUUCUAUCGAUAUGGAUGUCAACCGAACGAAGCAAUGCGGCACGCCGCGCUAUUUAUCGCCUGAACUACUCGAAGGCCAAAUCGGUGUCCAUUUUGCCGAUGCAUUUAGACAAGCGGAUGUCUAUUCUAUGAGCAUCGUUCAAUGGGAACUCUUCCGCAUGGUGCAGGCCUUGAACUAUGACUUUGAUGGAAUCCACGAACUGCCAUUUGCCAGGGAACUGAACGGUAGAAAAGCUACGAUUGAAUCCCUUCAGCAUAUAGUUACAAAAGGAACGUAUGGGGUCGUGUACAAGGCGAAAAACAGAGCCACGGGAAGGCUAGUCGCGCUGAAGAAAAUCAGACUGGAGACAGAGUCCGAAGGCGUUCCGUCGACAGCGAUUCGUGAAAUUUCCCUUCUGAAGGAACUCGACCAUCCGAAUGUUGUUUCGCUUAUUGAUGUGAUUCACACGAAUAAAAAGCUCUAUCUCGUCUUUGAAUAUAUCGACAUGGACUUGCGAAAAUUCAUGGACUCGCUGGGAAAUGACUCGAUGCCUCUCCCUCUCGUCAAAUCCUACAUUUGGCAGCUUUUGCAAGGAGUUGCGUUUUGCCACGCGCACAGAGUGCUCCAUCGGGAUCUAAAACCCCAAAAUCUUCUUGUCGAUCGAAACGGAGCAAUAAAAUUGGCUGAUUUUGGCCUGGCUCGAGCGUUCGGUGUUCCUGUCAGAAUUUACACGCAUGAAGUUGUGACGCUUUAUUACAGACCGCCGGAGAUUCUUCUCGGAGCCAAGUACUACUCCACCGCAAUCGACGUCUGGUCGCUGGGUUGUAUAUUUGCUGAAAUGCUGACAAAAAAGCCACUCCUUCCUGGCGACUCAGAAAUCGACCAGUUGUACAAAAUCUUUCAAUUCCUCGGAACUCCCAACGAAGAGCUCUGGCCCGGUCUUUCUGCGCUUCCUGAGUAUCAGCCUGUCUUCCCCGUCUGGAAGCGCAAAAACAUCGGACAUGAGAUCGGCCUGCCCAAUAAUAGUGAUGCAGUUAUUCUUAUAGAAAAGAUGCUGAUUUACGAGCCCUCUCGGCGAAUACCAGCCAAGACAGCCUUGCAGUCGAAAUUCUUCGACGACCGAACACAGGUCCUGCCUAACUUCAAGUGA